AUGCUGCUUUUACAAAGUCCCUUUGCAUGGAUGGUUUUAAGCAAAACGAGUGCCGAAAUCGUGGGACCCACCCGCUUUAGCAAGGUUAUUGAUACAUUUUUGUAUUUUUUAGUCAUCUUUAUCGAGAACUUUGGUACGCAUGUUAUUACAUCUGUAACGACCGGGGGUAAAGACGUAAUUUACGUGAGACAGCACUUUGUCAUCACCACUUUCAAUUGUGGAUAUCAAGAAUUAUGUUCAAGAUAUUGGCAACCAAAGGUUCUCCAGCACAGAAGGCCAUACAAAUUCAAGCCUACUCAAUCAAGGGAUAUACCCACAACCAGCUACUGCACCUUACCUAUCUGGAAGUGGCAAAGAGGUAUAUAUAGUUCAUUUUUGGACCAUGAUGAUUUCUCCAUUUUGGAGGUGAACUUUAUGAACAUAUUUGCCGACUUGUCGGAAAUUAGCAAGGGCCCAGAGGUCUUUUGUACUAUACGCAGGUCUUUGUGGGACCAUGCUCCGCCCAAGAAGAAACUGAUCAAUUCUGCUGAGAAUAGACUCGAUGAUUGUUACGGUUCGAGUUCAGGGGAAGUUUAUAAGUUGGCGAAAUUUGUCGACUUGUCGGAUAUUAGCAAGGGCCCGGAGGACCCGCCUGCCCACUGGUUGGUCACCAAGGGAAGAUUUCCACCAAAUACAUAUUGCCUGAUUGCUGAGUCAUGUCUGAAACUAAAACUGUGGGCCCUCGUAGGUUUGACCGAACUGCCAGCUGUUGGGCGCGACACGGUUAGCUGUCAGAGUCCGGCCGUCGCUAGCGGUGACUCUGAACGAGAGAGACUGACCGUUGAGAUACAAGUGGCUCUGCCAAUUUUGCCCCCAGUUUCGGGUCAUGGGCUGCCACCCGGUACUCGACCCCUUAAUCCACACGCUGUGUAUGUCACCGGCCCCACCUACAUUCGUUACAAGGACCAAAAUGAAAUACGGGUCGAAAUGUUGACGUGGCGGGUUGCACCAACCACCAUUAUUGGAGGCAAGUGCGUAGUUAGGUGGGCAGAAGUUGGUGGCGGUGAUGGUGAUGCUUCCCUGGCGGCACCAUUUGAGGUCGCCCGUGCAUCUCAUUUGGUAGCAAGCACCGCAGCUCAAGCCCUUGUUGAAGAGGGCGGUUGUGUUGUGAGGGAGGAAGUUGCUGAUUUAUAUAUAUAUAAAUGGCUAAGUUGUAACUUGGGCCAGGCUUUUCUUAUUUUUGGGCCAAAUUCUUGCAUGUUCCCUGGGCCUCCGUUCAGAGUGUACAAGGCCUCUGAUGAUUAA